GCCCAAUGUAUUGAAUAACAGCCACAUAUUGUGCCAGCUGCACCCCAACCUUCAAUCCAAAUUAUCCAAUCACAACGUUGUUUCCAAGCUGUCCAUCUGUUUGACAUCAGCAUGACAUGGCGUGUCAGUCAGUCUCUGACCGCCGGAUCGCGGUCACCUCCAUCUGAAUCCGCCACGUGUCCUCCACGCACAGACGCUGGUGCAAAGUCCCCGUCAGUAUCUUUUGCAACCCCUGCAGCUAGCCGGAAAUUGGAAAAUGAUUCUGCGAGCUUUUCCGGAGAGAGGAGCCGUAAAUCCCGCACCUCAACUCACGUCUCACGGAGCAGAUACAGAUCCGACGCUCCACGUUCAAACGAUCACCAACCCGGUUUAACGGUGGGACCGAACGCCGUAAGGCCGGCAUCUGCAUGCGUGGCAUGCGGAUCAUCGUGUGAUUUGAGAAUGUUGAAGAGCUCGGGGCCCACUACUGCGAUAAAGUGACACUGUCCCCACAUCUGUGGGUCCCACCUAGUCCAGACGACAGGCUGUCCACAGCUGGCCUCCAACAACUCACAGUCAGCUUCCAACCCGCCCUCUCUCUCCCCUCCCCGUACAAUGCAGUUCACAGCUUAGAGAGAGAAACAGAUAAAACGGGGGAGGGAGAUAGAGGGGGCAGGGGUUUUUGCUUCCCAUAAGAGCCAGAGGAAGGAACACAGAGAGAAGAUGAUGGAGAGACAGGCGGGUGGAGUGCGUCUGUUCUUCGUGCGCGCAUCCCUAUGUAGUGGUGCUUGAUCAGUUUGUUAUGGUGGGGAGCAGGAUUUAGGGUUUCCAUUUUGGAAUUUACUCUUGUUUUGAUUUUUGAAUCAAUCGCGGUUGUUUCUGUUUCCUUUUCCGUCAUUGUUAUAAUCGAUAUUGGUUUUUGGUUCGGCGGGUCGCAGGUCUGAGCGCGUAGGGAGGCGAUGGAUCCUUGUCCUUUCGUGCGACUCAUCGUCGGCAAUCUCGCCCUCAAGAUUCCGGUGGCUUCGAAGCCCGCUCGUUCCGUUGUGCACCCCUCUUCGUCUCCCUGCUUCUGCAAAAUCAAGCUUAAGAACUUCCUGCUUCAGACUGCCGUUGUGCCGUUUAUUCCGCCGGAGAACCAGUUCCCGGAUGGCCAGGGGCAAACUGUGGCGGCGAGCUUUCACUUGAGCAAGGUGGAUCUGGAGAAGCUCGCCGGGAAGUCUAUCUUUGCGGGGAAAGUUUGCCUUAAGAUUGCUGUUUAUACGGGCCGAAGAGGGACCACGUGCGGCGUAAACUCCGGAAGACUGUUGGGGAAGAUUUCUGUGCCGUUGGACCUAGCGGGGGCGGAGUCCAGGGCUUGUGUGUUUCACAGCGGCUGGAUUGCCGUCGGCAAAGGGGCCAAGGGUUCGCCUGCGCAAUUUCACUUGAACGUGAAGUCUGAGCCUGACCCCAGAUUUGUGUUUCAGUUUGACGGUGAGCCGGAGUGCAGUCCGCAGGUGUUUCAGAUUCAGGGGAACAUUCGCCAGCCAGUUUUUACUUGCAAAUUCAGCUUCAGAAGCACCGGCGACCUGAAUCAGAGAUCCAGAUCAUUGCAGUUCGAACCAAGUAAUUCGAGAAGCUGGCUCAGUUCAUUUGGCAGCGAGAGAGAGCGACCUGGCAAGGAGCGAAAGGGAUGGUCAAUCAUGGUCCACGAUCUCUCAGGCUCGCCGGUAGCUGCUGCUUCGAUGGUCACUCCCUUCGUGGCCUCGCCGGGUUCUGACCGGGUCAGCCGAUCCAACCCGGGCUCGUGGCUCAUCCUCCGCCCCGGCAACGGCACCUGGAAGCCGUGGGGCCGCCUCGAGGCGUGGCGCGAGCGCGGCGGCGCCGACGGUCUAGGCUACCGCUUCGAGCUUAUUUCCGACACCAACGGUGGCAUGAGCGCCGCCGGCAUCGUCCUCGCCGAGUCAACUCUGAGUUCGAACAGGGGCGGAAAGUUCGUCAUAGACCUGGGGUCGGCGAGCGGGAAUGGACGGUCGACGCCGGGCAGCUCGAUGUCGCCGGCGUGCAGCCCGAGGAGCAGUGGCGACUUCGGGUACGGACUGUGGCCUUACUGUAUGUACAGAGGGUUCGUGAUGGCGGCGAGCGUGGAGGGAGAGGGGAAAUGCAGCAAGCCGACGGUGGAGGUGAGCGUGCAGCAUGUGAACUGCACGGAGGACGCGGCGGCGUUCGUGGCCCUGGCGGCGGCGGUGGAUCUGAGCAUGGACGCUUGCAGGCUUUUCUCUCAGAAGCUGAGGAAGGAGCUGUGCCGGCACCAUGAUUUGGGGGGCUGAGGCCUCGUUCGGUCUUGGGUGUUCGUCCCUCAUUUUUGUUUAAUGUGGAUUUGUGAGUCGGUAUGGAGAUUUUAGUAUUUUAGAAUUCUCCUACUAACAAUCUAUAGACAUUAGACAGAACCCUGUAUAGAGAGAGAGAGAGAGAGAGACAGGGCACGCUUUGUUUUAACAUGUGUGGCUUGUUUGUUGUUUUGUUUUUUCUUUUUUUGUUGGUUUAACGUUGUAAUCUUUUGGAGGUUUUGAUUAUAGAGAUCAUGUAGGCAGCUGACAAUUGAAAUGUUUCUUAUUUUUUUAAAAAAAGAAAAUUGGGAA